GCUAGAUGAAUGGUAAAUAGUCUUCAUUUAUAUAGUGCCUUUAUCCAUAGUGCUGUACAAUUAAAGCUUCUCAUUCACCCAUUUGCCCAUUCACACCAAACACGGGAUUAGGCGUCUUGCUCAGGGACACUUCGACACACCUAGUGAGGGAUCGAACCAGCAACCCUCCGACUGCCAGCCUGCUCUAACCUCCUGAGCCAAUGCCGCCCCAUACGACAUCUAUAUGUUUAAAUGUGAAAUUUUUUGGAAGAUAGGUUAGGAAGAUAAUUUAUUAGCAUUUCCUUUUAAAGGUACAAUAGGUCAUUCUUACGGUCAAGAGAGGAAUUGCAGCAACAAACACCCUCAAAACACAACACUGUUUAUCCCUCCACUUCUCUGUGAAUGUGCUGAUGGUAAAACCCCGCCCCUUGAGCUUGAGUUAUUAUACAUCUACCUAUACAAUAUUUUGGUAUGGUGUCGGUCCAUCUACCGCAUGUUUUGAAACCCGAAUGUAAGGACUAAACACAGGCACAGCUGAGCCAACAUGCCAGUGAGCUUUUUUCAAUUAUUUAUUUAAGGGAUUUAUUCUUGCAUGUUUUCAUCCCUCUUCGCUAUGGCUUCUGCCUGACAGACUUGAUUGGCAUGAACUGUCCAAUCUGCUGCUGUUGAGAACAUAAUGUCCAAUAUUUGCGUGAUAAACAGUGACUUAACACCGGGUCAUGGUGGCGACACGAUAGGUGGUUUAUUUUGUCUUUUGCACGGCACUGUGUGUCUCUGAGAAUUUAUGUUGGUAGUUAAGAGUUUUUUUGGGGGUGCAAUUUAUAAAACUCUUCUUAUUUACAUAUUCAUGUACACUUGUCAUUUGAACCAAUUACUUGUUUAUCCAUUCAUUUUAUUCAAUUGGGGACAGUUUAGACAUAAUUUAUAGGAAAUUGGUUCACUUAACGGCCCUUUUCUAAUAUCAACCUACUAUAAUUUUAUAUUUCUGUAGAGCCACCUCAUGGUUGCAUUGGGGGACAACUCUAGAGCCAGGGUAAUGAUCGAACUGUAAAAACUGCAAGUUUCAUAACUUUGGUUCGCACAUCAUAUUGUGCAUAUAGACAGAAGUUGUUGCAUUUUACAUUGCCAACCAUGUCAAAUAAUAUCUAGACUAGUGAAAUACUCCUAGCUAAAUUUGCCUUUUUAAUUUUUUAUUGGUGCAUCUCAAAAGAGUCCUGUUGAACAGGCAAUUGACUGAGUUAUGCAGUAUUUAAUGUUAACUGGAUUGUUUGAGAGAAUGUAUACAGUGGCUUCAGCAACUGUUGAGAACCCUUCCUUUUUGCAUGCUUUAUUGUCUUGUAACCAAUUAUGACACUGCAUGUCAGGACAAAAACCAAGCCACAAAGUCCAAGGAACUCUGUAUACCUCCGAGAUGAAAUUGUGGCGAGGCAUAGGUCAGGGCAAGGGUAUAACAUAAUUUCUAAAGCUUUGAGUGUUUGCCUCGAUAAUUGUGAAAUGGAAGAAGCUUGGAAUCACCAGAGUGCUGGCUCUUCUUAGAGAUGGCCAUCAGGCGAAACUGAGUAACCGGACAAGAAGGGCCUUGGUCAGGGAGGUGGCCACGAACUCAAUGGUCACUCUAACACCGCUUCGGAAGUCAUCUGCAGGGAUGAGAGAACCUGCCAGAAGGAUGACCGUCUCAGCAGCACUACGUCAAUCAGGCCUUUAUGGUAGUGGCUAGACUCUUUUAGACUUCUUUUAGAAGCCACUCUUGAGUGAAAGGCAUACGACAGCCCGCUUGGAGUUUGCUUUCACAGCUGCUCCAGACCAUCCGUACAAACUGUUCUUUGUGCUGUUCAGCUGUAUUGCAGGCAUGAGAUGCUAUCAUGGCAUUCUCCAUCUGACAUCAGCUGUGAUGUCUGAAGAGCAUAAACGUGUAGCCUACAAAAACUGGGCAGUGUAUGUAUCAGUUUGGUUGUUUAAAAGCGACAGAAAUAUGUUAAUUUGGACAAAAUUCCAACAUAAAUGUCAUUAACAGCCUACCAACAUGCGCUUAAUGUAGUGGCGAUGGCACUAGGAACAAUAACUUGCUUGACAGUUGUGAAAUAUUUGCUAAUUAUAGACAUAACCAUAAAAACCUGUGUGAGCUAUUCACAUUCAGAGCUGUGCUAUAGCACCGUUGGAAGACUUUGCGAAAGGAGCGAUACACCCUCCAUGCUUUUUUUUUUUAAUUAUUUUUUUUUUUUUUUAAAUUUUAAGGAUUUCCUUGCACGUAAGGAUGAGACCAUGCCAUUACCCCAAGCCAACCUGUCAAAGCUUGCCAAGAAAGAUAUUUUGUUUUGCUGGAUACAAAUGGGACUGAACAAAAGUUGUGGUCUUGCUUGCACUGUUAACAUUACUUCUAUGUAAUGAGACCUGAGGAUUUUACUUGCCAUUUAAAAAAAAAUUCUGCCUUUAUGUUCCCUUAUGUUUUACUGCAGUUGCAAUUACGUUAUCUGGCAUAGUUUUACUACCAUUUGGACACUUAAAUGCCGAAAUAAGAUGCACUAAGCCACCAUUUAUGGAUAAUUGAUGACAUUCACUGGGUGAAGUCAGAAAGCUUGUCUGCACACUUUUAUGGAUAUUUGUGAUUCAUAAAUAAAAGGUUAGUAUGUGUGAUUUAUGAAAUUCUUUUCAUGCUUACGGCCAUUCUAUGCACAAUUUGGUAACCGGUUGUACGGUUAAAUGUAGGAUGAAACCCACACCAAUUCUAUGCAUGAGGCCCCAAGCACUGCUCAUCACCUGGCUAAUACCAUCCCUAAGGCGAAGCAUGGCGGUGGGAGCAUCAUGCUAUGGGGGUUGCUUCUCAGCAACAGGGACAGGGAGAGUGGUCAGAAUUGAGGGAAUGGUUAAUACAGCCAAAUGCAGAGAUCCUCGAAUCAAACCUGCUCUAGAGUGUGCACAACUUCAGAAUGGGGAGACGUUUCACCAUUCAGCACGACAAUGACCCGAAGCAUACAGCCAAGAUGAUGCCUGAGUGGCUUUGGGACAAGUCUUUUGAAUGUCUCAGGACUUUCAGAUGCUUCCCAUCCAAACUGACAGCGCUUGAGAGGAUCUACCAGGAAGAACUGGAACUGCCAAAAUCCAGAAAUGGAUGAAGAGCAAGACUCCGCUUUCACAGGAGACUCAAAGCACAGUGUGCUUGAUAUUAGUGAAGAUCUGAGAGAUGACGCAUUCUUUAAAGUUGUUCAAGAUUUUUUGGGAUCACAGUCUGGAGAAGGAUCUUGCUUUGAUAUACCACCAUGCAAGAACCGGUUCCUGAUUCAAGUGGGACUAAUGAGACAGGACAACAAAGCGUCUUGGGGACAGAUUGUAAAAUGGCUUCAGAACAUUUUUCCUAUGUAUCAUUCAUCUGAUUUUCGUAGUUUAAUUGAAAGGAGCAUUGCAACAGCUUUGAGCUUGAGUGGCAAUGCAAGAGAAAAUUUCCUUGAAUCGGAUAUAAACUUUGAAUAUGUUGGUCCAAUUUGUGAUACCCUUGGAAUUGGAAGAACAGAUCUGUUAGAAAUGUCAGACUUCUCUGAUCGGGCAAAAUGCUGUGAAGUUACAAAUGGCCUGAUUCUGGAACUGAGCAGUUUUAUCUCGAGGGAACAAAUGGACGUAUUGGUAUUGGUGUCAUGGUUGAGGAAUUUCAACCCACAGUUUUGUAGCAAUGGCAACAUUCAGAAGGCUAGCAAAGUCCUUCAAACUAAACUGAAGAAAUUAAAGUUGGACUAUCCGCUGUAUCAGCGAAGCACGUCUCGGAGAAAUGGUAUGAUGGAAAAGUUUCUUCAAGCUAAAUUUGAGCUGGUUCCCAGAGUGGAGUGUGGUAAAACCAAGAAAACCAGUCGAAAGAAGAAACGCUUUCUCAAAAAAUACCGCAACCGCGAGAAGCUGACCAAACUAUUUCACAGAGGUAAUGAUGUAUUGGUGGCUACAUCAAAGACAAUUAAUCAAGAUUCACUUUCUCAAGGUAAUGGUGGGGAGAAACUAAAGGCCAAGUCUGAAAAGAAUGCAAAAAGAAAUGUUAAUAGGUUUGCUGUAAAAUCUGAACAUUUCUCUGCUGUUCAGUCCAAACCAACAAACACCAUACUUAAGGUAAAGGAAGAAUGUGAUCCUUCUACAAAUGAACAUCCUUUAGAAACACCAGAACGGACAAUAUGUUCGGUAGGAAGUCCAGAUUCCACUAAAGCUGAAGCUUUAACAUUACUUGAUGUCUCCAUGCUUUCACUUCAAAAGCUGUCAAGUGUCUAUGGUGAAAAAACGGAAGAAUCUAAACAAGUUUCCAAAGAUAUCCUCCAUAAAAAUGUUUUGUUAAUGUUGAAUGAAGAUCCUGUCAUGAAAGAGUUUAGUGAGAAGGUUAAGAAGUUUCAAAAAGUGACACCACCAUUACAUUUUCUUGACUGCAAUGCACAUUUUCUUCAUGAGAUGAGUGAUGCAGUUGAACAGCAGAUACUAGCUCUUGAACGGGAAAUCAUUUUGUCAACUGGAGAAAAGCUAGGACGUGACAACAAUCCUAAAUUCUCCAGCUUUGUUAACUUUUCAGAGAGCGCUGCUUCACGUUAUAUCCGAAUGGCCUGUGAUGUUUUGAGUCCUCGUGGUGAAACCAAGCACAGCUGUAGGAAACAGUGGCUUAAUUUUUGUCGGGCAAGAGAAAAGCCUUCUAGAUUAGCUGUCUGUCAAUCCAACCGCUUCAACAACUACUUUGAGGGGGCUGCAGGUCUGGUCCACCAUCAUCAUGACAUCACUAGUUUUUUUUCAGAUCCUGUGUUAUUCAACACCUUUGACCAACUGAAUGUCAUUCAGGAAAGUGUCAGAGAUGAUGCCAGUGAUCAGGUCAUCCAGGCCCUUGUUUGUGUUCUUGCCAUUAUCUACUGUAAAAUUCUGGGGCCUUAUUGGCAGCUUCUAAAAAGCAGUGCAGAGUAUGUGUACUUCCACAGAUAUGUACACUGCCUUUAUCAAAGCCUUGCGCAGUGGUCUGAAGAUUCUUCUCUACUCCUCUUGCCUGAAUACUCAGAGAACAAUAUGUUCCACCAGUUUCCUCUGCAAGAAAAGUAUUUUGAUGGGGUGUUUUCAUACUGUCGACCAAAUUCUGAAAACCAGUAUGCUGCUCUAAUCAGAAAGUGCCUAGAGAAAAUCAUGAAAACAAUCAAAACAGUAACUGAAGCAAAUCUGAAGGAUUUCUUACCAGGUGGUGUUUACUGCCAAGAUCCUGCACCAGAAAUAUCAGCUAAAUUGAGAAACUGCCAGUUGUCACAUUUGAUGGGGGAGUAUGCUUAUGGUCAUGCCUACCUGUACAAGUCCCAAAAGCUGGACCAUUCAGCUGCUGCUCCAAUGACCAAGUCUCUUGAGACUUCUAAAGAUGGUUCUUCACUGCCACAGAGUGGCGUUGCCACUGUGUUGGCCCAUAGUACCACUAACCCUGUACAGAUUUCAAAUGAGAAGAUUACCACACCUUCGGAAAUGGCGCCUCAUUGUCAAGGCAAAUAUACAGGAAGUGGCAUGGGUAAGUUUUUUCAAAUGCCAAGAGGGGAUGUGGAUCCAAAGGAAAAGGAAAAGCUUCUCCAGGACAUUACAACAAAGAAUUCAAUCCUAAUUGCAGUUGCUAAAAAUGGAGGACCAUGUACAAACAAGCAAGAUGUUGACCACCUAUUGGCCAAGCUGGAUGGUGCUAGUCAUGCUCAGAAGCGGGAAGCAAUUCGAUGUGAAAUCAGUUACCAAAAACUCAUUCUUGGUUCAAGAGACAAGAACCUGAAUCAAAUUGGCUUCUCUUUAGCAGACAUGAUUACCAAACUGAAAAUGGUGUUACCAGAUAAUGGCAAUGCAUGUGUUGGCACAGUGAUUGAGAGGUCAGUGUGUAAUAAGGAAGAUGAAAUGGGACAUAGCCAGCACAAUUACACACAUGAAGCUUCUUAUAAUCCAGAUCCUAAAUCUUUAAUCAAAAGAGACAUAAAUUUGGGGAAGAAGAGAAUUGUCACCUACAAAAAUUACAGGGAGAACUUUGAAUUUAAAUUCUAAAGUUAAACUUGAGUAACAUGGUAUGGUACAUACAUUAAUUUGCAUGUACAAUGUCUGAUUGAAAUGUACCUACGUGAAAGCCCUACUCGUAGGCUUUGCUAUUCAGUGCAUUCUGCACUUGUAAAUUGAAAUAGAAAAAAAUUGCAACGGAACCUGAAAAUCUAUUGGGAUGCCCUUCAGCUGUGUGUUUAUCUUUUCACUAAGUUGAUGGCAUACAUUUUAUUAUUUUUAAUGUUAGAAAUUAAUGUGGUCUGUGAAUACAUAGAGGUGGUUACGGUAUUUGAUGUUCUGAAAAGCUACUAUUAAAAUAUGGAUCUUGAACAUUUUUGGUUGAACACAAUAACCCUGUGUCCACACACUAAGUGAUUUGGUUGACCAGAAGUCCUUGAAGCCGAGUGCGGCCAGCAACAUGAGCGACAAAAGUUGGCCAAAAAGAAGUUGCCAGGUGGCAUCUUUCAACUGCAUUGCCUGGCAACAUCCAAUCGGUGAUCUGCACCUCUUAUUACUGUAACCGAUUUUGCAGACUAAGGCAUAUGUACCCUCCUCCACCAAAAUCAGUCCCAUUAACACCAGGACAUGUUCAGUUUUUACAGCACCUCAGAGCUGGCUAUCGUUAAUCUAUUCAAUUCAAAAAUGUUUUGUUUGCAUGACUUAUGUUUUAUAAGCUAGCAGUUGAUGGAGAUGGAGAGAUUGCUAGCUAGCCAGCUAGUGAGAGAUAUUUAUUUAUUGAGAGAUAAAGGUAUUGGUAGUGAGUGAGAUGGAGAUCCAGGGAGCUAACAACCACGAGUGAUGGAUAUAUUGUUGGGUAGCGAGAUGGCCAUUAUUUCUCAAUUUAAAAAUGUAGCUGCGCCAGACCACCAAGAGGAAACGAUGGUAAGCUCUUGCCCCUCCCUCUGCCUAGUACAUGUGAGCGACUGGUCAAUCAAGUCACUGAGAACACAGUGUAAACCUUUAUUAGCAAUCCUUGUUUUAUCAUGUCCAGCUGCCUAAAAGCUGAAAUCUGACAUCAUAAUUUACAUAUAUUUUGUUUUCUGAUUUGACUACCUGAAUGUCGCUUCCUGGUGCAUUAGUUGCCUGCAAUUUCUUCAUUUUACAGAUUUAAGUGUCAGCAUUUGAAGAACAUUGCAUUGGUCUGUCCACUGAUAUGGGGAAAGAGGAACACCUAUUGCAUUUCCAUCCCAUUCUGGAUAAAUCCGUCUCACCAUAGUGUUUUGGAAGUAAGGUUUCGACACAACCAAAACACAAGAAUGUUUUUAACCUGCCAACAACAAAAUGCUAUCAUUAAAGUGGCAUUUGGUUUCCCUUUAAAUGGUAAGAAAGUGGAAUUGUAUAUUAGUCUCUUAAUUACUUCUGAUGCUAUUUUGCUGGUGAAAUUUACCAAGUUAUGGUGGCGUUCCCAUUUUAACUUUUCAUUGUGGACUGUUGUAAAGUUGUCUGCUGUUGUAAAGUUGAGAAGUGUGGAUUGCAGUGGUUUCUGUGUGUUUGAUACAUUAAUGCUUCCCUAUAAAUCUAUAAAGCUGGCAUAGAUAUUAAGAUCUUCAUAUUCUUUAAUAUUUAUGAUUGACAGUAAAAAAAAAAAGUGCCUUUUUCCCCAUUUUAAAUAACUCUAUUUUCAAUUAGUUUGCAGCAUUUAAACUAUUGUAAGAAUUUUCUCAUGUUUUGGCCAGCAAACAUCUUCUGUAGUUAAUUUGUCAAAGUAUAAGAUGAUUGAGAUUUGACUGUAUUCUUUGUAGACAUGAAUAAAAAGAUUUAAAAAA